GGCCGCAGCUCCGGACGGGACUCGAGAAAGAACUACGCAGCCACCUGAACAUGCAGUCAUGAUUCCAUUGUCUCCUUAUUUUUUGUAAUGUCUAUGCAACUGCAUAGCUCUCUUUCUUAUUUCCUUUCUUCUCCCCGAUUCAUGUUCCAUGCCGCUUAAUAUCUGACGACCCUUAUCAUACUAAUCUGCUUGUCAGCCAUCGAGUCUUUGAGCAUUAGCGAAAUUCAACAUGGCACACACAAAUGCAGCGGCCGUGUGGAAUCCGGCUUUCAGGUCGGAAGACGAUGUCCCUCGUGUGACGACACCCACCGAACUCGAGAUCAACACCGCGAUCGAAGCUACUAGCAUCCCUCUUGGCUCGCCAAUGGAAACUCCUCACAAUGUGUCUUUUGGUGACGUACUUUCUUCGCCAUCGAACUAUGCCAACAAUACACAAGAAGCAACUGCGCCCGAUGUGGGCGUUCCCGAGUCUCCCGCGAACCGCGAACAAGCGCCAGCUCAGGACGAAGUGGUCGCAGAGCCACAGGUACACGACACAUUUGAAGGACUGUCAACGGCUAAUAAGGAGAUUAUCGAACCGUCGGAGGAGCCAAUCAGUAUGCACGGAGACACAGUGGAGAACCCUACCGGGGAACAUGUCGGAGGCGCAGAAACAAUGCCGAAUGGGGAGGAAGAGGCGCAGAAACCUGCGGAAAUCGUCAGUGACUUGGUAGAGUCAGGCAAUAUCACUCCCACCGGUCCCACCGGUACAUUCCGGGGAGACGAGCUCCCGAAUCCCAAUGGAGAGAUCCAGAGCAGCCACGAUCUCUGGGGAAGCCCUGCUCAGGAGGAACAAGACGGCGAUGAUUUCUUCAAUCAGCUCAAGACGCAAACAAAGCCCAUAUACUUCUCGCCCGAAACAGAGACGAGAUUUGAGGAAGGCGUUCCGUUGCUGAAUAGGGGCAUUGAUUCUCUAAUUGAGCCUCCAGAGACGGUGGAAAGCCGAAUCAAUAACGUAUUCAAGGCUGACGGAGAUGAGGAAGAUGAUUUUUUCAAAUCCGUGCCAGACUCAGCUUCUGAGCCAAGUCCUGAAGUUCAUCUCACUCGAAAGAGCACGUCUCAAGUGUUGGAUUCACUGGGUGUAUCGGAGGAGCCAACGAACAAUGCUGAGGAGCCGAGCGAGCAGGACCCUGACAGUGCUCCGGCUGCAGUGGGCUUAGAAGCGUCUCCAGUUGAGAUUCCUGAUCCAAGCGAGCAGGAACCUGAGAGCGCUUUGGCAGCAGCCGGUUCGCGCGUUCCAGUCGAUACUGUUGAUCCAAGUGAGCAGGAGUUUGAGAAUGCUUUGGCAGCAGCCGGCUCGCAGGCUCCGGUGGAUGCUGUUGAUACUAGCGAGCAGGAGUUCGAGAGUGCUUUGGCAGCAGCCAGCUCUCAAUUCCCAGUCAGCGCUGCCGAUCCAAGCGAGCAGGAAUUCGAGAGCGCUUUGGCUAUAGCUGGCUCCCCAUUCCCUGCCAAUCUCGCUGAUCCGAAUGAGGAUGAAUUUGAGAAGGCAUUGGCUGCAGCAGGCUCACAGGACAACAUGAAAAAGAACUCGUCCGACGAUAAUCUGGCAGCGCGCUGGCAGGCAGAGCUCUCCGAUGAAGACGCCGACGGUUUACCGUCGGAAGAAGACCUCGCAGCCCGAUGGCAAGCAGAGCUGGACGACGAUGAUGACCUGCUUUUUGAAGACGAAUCUGCUGGAGGAACUAAGCAGCCAAGUUUCGAAGAAUUACUUGGGAACCCUGCUCCGGUUGCUCAAGCGGGGCCCAGUCCCCUUGCCCCACCAAACAACUCGGUCCGACCCAGAGCGCAGGAAAGGUCUUAUGUCCCACACCAGCCAUCAACAUCGGAUCUGCUCCAGGGAAUCCCCGCAAUGAGCCCCGGGGCUGGCUAUUUUGCUCAACCACCCCGCCCGACUGAAGGAACAAAGAAAGCCGAGAGUUUCGCCGAACGUGCCAAGGAGGGUUAUAGGUCACCUUAUGAUCUUCCUGAGGACCUUACGCGCCCUCGUCGACCGGUCAUUACCAACAGAGCAGUCGUCUCGCAACCGGGCGUCCCGCCGCCGCCGCCGCGAAGCAACAGCCUUCCAGUACCUCCUCCGAAGGCGCCGGGUUCGGCAUCUUCCAUGCCCACACCUCCGGUUGGCGCGACAUCGACUGCUACUGCACCUGCACCAAAGAACUUUUUUGAGGAACUUCCUUUACCGCCGCCUCGCGCACCUUCUCGGCCGGCAAGCACGGACCGAUACACACCUGCUCCCAAUGCGGUGCCAGCAGCGCCAUCGUACUCAGCGCCUCCGCCACCGGUUAAUCCGUAUGCUAGCGCUAUCCCCGCUCCUCAGCUAACUGUCGACUCGCAGCCCCAGCCUCAAUUACAACAACCUGAAAGAAUAGACCCCUAUGCGAGUUUGUUAAGCCCAAGCGCUCCUGGCGGCGCCGCUGCAGCUCCUGGUGCAUCGAGAUAUUCGCCGAAGCCACCGAAUUUGCAGAAUGGAAUCAAGCCACCAGCCUCCCCGAGAUACUCUCCAGCUCCCCCACCAUCUGGUGCUCCCCCGCCUCCUCGCAACCGCUAUGCCUCUCAGGCUCCUAGCCACCCUGGUCAAGCUGUCACCCUUCCAUUCCAACCCCGUACAUCAAGCCCUCUGGCUCAUCAUGAGAAGGUCUCCUAUCGUCCUCAGGAAGAGUUGGAAAAGCGACCGUCCUUAGAUUAUUCGGCACUCCCUCCUACCAUCGACGUGCAAUCUCAUCCCGAGUCUGCCGUCAACCCGCUGUUCACACCUGGCGAAACUGCUAUUGAAGCCACAAUUACCGGUGUUGAUCUAAGCGAAGAGAAAGCAAGCAUGCAGCCGGUGUCUCCCCCGAGAAGUCAGUAUGCUCCGCCCGAAUAUGUUAACGAAUUUGCUCAACGCAUUACCCCAGCCGGCCAAGUCAACGCCCCGCCAGUUCCUGCGCCCGUUGUUGAUGAGCCCCCCUUCAUGCCUCCGCGUAGAUCAAUGACACAAUCACCGGGCCAGCAAACCCUUGGCCCUCGAUUAUCUGUGCCAUCAGUCGACCCUUUACAAAGACCUGCCUCAGCUCAUGGCUCUGGCUCACCUACCAAAUCCGUGAAUCCUUACGCACCAGUCCAAGGUUCGAUACAUAACCGUGCCGCCUCUCAGCAAUUGGACUUCAUUCCUCCAACGGAUGAUCAGCAGUAUGACCCUCUCGAACGCUGGAAGGGGGCGCCCAUAGUCAAACUCGGCUUUGGUGGCACUGUUUUAUCGUGUUUCCCCCAGCAUAUUCCUCGAUAUGCUGCUGGGCAAAUGGCCCCUAGAAUAAAACCAAGUCCUGGAGAGGUGAAAACAUGCCAGCUCAACGACUGGAUCCCGCCCCCGGAAAGCAUUGUCCGCCACCCAGGUCCCCUCAAGUCCAAAUCCAAGAAGAAGGAUUUGCUUGCUUGGCUCUCAAGCAAGAUAGCCGCAUUCGAGAAUGAAGGUAUCCCGGAGAGUGCUCGACUCUUUCCUGAUGGCCAUAAGCGCUACGACGAGAAGGUUCUAUUGUGGAAAGUUGUUCGCGCCAUGGUUGAACAUGAUGGUGCCCUCGAAGGCUCACCUGAGGUCCAGAAGUCCCUGCGCAGUAUCAUUCUCCCUCAUCUACAAAGCAACGAGACAGACGACAGCUACGACACAGGCUUCCAGCCUAUCAACAGUUCUCAGCCCGCCGAUGCGCCUUCUCGCCCGGAUGCAGCCAAUCCUCAAGCUAUUGGCACCCUCCGUAACAAUCUUCUACUUGGGGAGCGCGAAAAGGCCGUCUGGGCGGCAGUGGAUAGUCGCUUGUGGGGUCACGCGAUGCUUUUAGCGUCGACUAUGGAUCGUUCGGUCUGGAAGCAGGUCGUUCAAGAAUUCGUCAGACGUGAAGUCAGAUCGACUUCCGGAAGCACCGAAUCCUUGGCGGCUCUGUACGAGAUUUUUGCCGGCAACGUCGAGGAGAGCGUUGAUGAGCUGGUGCCGCCAUCAGCAAGGGCUGGCUUGCAAAUGGUCAGUAAAGUGGACGGACAUGGGUCUGCCAGAAACGCGCUCGAAGGUCUGGAAAGUUGGCGCGAGACACUCGGCCUCGUACUAAGCAACCGCAGUGCGGAAGAUCACCAAGCUCUCCUGGCCCUUGGACGGCUGCUCUCGAGCUACGGCCGCGUAGAGGCUGCGCACAUUUGCUUUCUUUUCUCACGCGCUGCAGUGUUCGGCGGUGUCGAUGAUCCUCAAACGAGUAUUGUCCUCUUAGGAGCUGAUCAUCAGCGAUCUUCCACCUCUGCGCUGCAGGACGAAGACUGUAUAUUGCUCACCGAGGCCUAUGACUAUGCCAAUUCCGUCCUCUCGGCCUCUCCGAAGCCACCGCUCUGUCAUCUCUUGGCUUACAAGUUGGUCUAUGCUUGGUGUCUCGCCGAUCGUGGCCAAAAGACAGAAGCUCAGCAGUACUGUGAUGCCAUUGCAGCAACCGUGAAAGCGACGACCAAGUCCUCGCCCUAUCAUAACCAGCAGCUGUACUAUGGAGUUGACGAGCUUUCGGCAAGGUUGAAGCAGUCGACUAGCGACGGUGGCUCGUCAUGGAUUUCAAGGCCCAGCAUGGAGAAGGUUUCUGGCUCAAUGUGGGCCAAGUUCAAUAGCUUCGUUGCCGGCGAAGACAACAAUGCCACAUCUACCGAUCCUGCGAAGGGUGGUGAGGCAGAUAUAGGUCCAUUUGCUAAAUUAGCUGGCACGCCUACUGUGAGUCGCUCGCCUUCCGUGUCAGACAUCUACGGAGGGCAACCGAGUCAUGGCGCUGCUCCUUCACGUUAUUUACCAAACAACCAAUACGCCCCUACCUCCUCACCCGAGCAGUUCCGCGGUAGAUCGUCUCUUGACUCUCAGAGAUCGUCUUCUUACAAUUUUGGUCUUGCACAGCGACGGGGCUCGCAGGACCCUUCGACACCGGUUGACAAUGGCCCAUACCAAGGGGGAAUGUUCUAUAACUCUCCGCCAUCAAACGCAGGCUAUCAGCAAACACCUCCUCAAACUUCGUAUAUGCCCCUGGCACCGGUCGAGGAAGAUUUAGUCUCUCAGCCCCAGGCUAAGGCUCCGUUUGCUCCAGGACCUGGGUCCCCUAAUAUGGUCUCGCCCUACCAACCUCCUGGAUAUGGAUCCUUUGGCCAGCUGCUCCAUGAGACUCCUUCCGCCGUCUCUCAGGCAGAUGAGGGUGGCUAUAUGCCUCCUAUGGGCGGUGGCGGCUAUGAGCCUCCCGCAGAGUCCAACGCCGCACCCGAGUCAGCAAAUCCCGAGGAACAAGAAAAUGAAGAGCCGGCUAAGAAAAAGAAGUCGUUCAUGGAUGACGAUGAUGACGAUGAUCUAGCUGCUCGAGCCGCUGCAGUUCAGAAAGCGGAGAAGGCACGCAAGGACCGAGAAGCAGAUGAAGCCUUCCGAAAGGCCGCAGAGGCCGAUGCCAAACGAGGUGCUCCCGCUAAAAAGGGAUGGUUUGGUGGCUGGUUUGGUGGGAAGAAAGAAGGCGAGAACCCCGGCGGUGGCCCGAUUCGAGCCAAGCUUGGCGAAGAGAGUUCCUUCUACUACGAUACCGAGUUGAAGAAAUGGGUCAACAAGAAAGAUCCGAAUAGCGCAACUGCAGCCCGUGCCACGCCGCCACCCCCACGUGGAUCCGGGCCUCCCAGCCGGACGGCCAGCGGCAGCAGUGGUGCGCCGCCACCACCUGCGACAACUGCAUCUCCGAUGCUGUCCGGGGCCGGUAGCCGCCCUACAUCUGCUGCAGGUGCCCCUCCUCCGCCCCUUUCCGGCAGCCCCGCCCCGCCAUCCGCUCUAGGCGCUGCGCCUCCAAUCCCACGGUCCAUCUCGACGGGCGCCGCACUACCCACACCACCGAGCGCUGGUCUCGCCGCGCCUCCCCGGCCGGCGACGUCGUUGAGCAAUGCCAGCUCCAUCGAUGACCUCCUCGGAGCGCCGCAGGCACGCAAAGGCCCUGCCGCUAAGGGCAAAAAGAAGGGACGUUAUGUCGAUGUCAUGGCAAAAUGAUCGACCUACCCCUUCUUCCUCCCAUUCCACUCGGCAUGCGGACCUUAGUGGC